UUUCCCGCCUUUUUGAAGUUCAUUUGAUCUAGUAUAUAUAUUUCGUUGGGGUUAACUUUUUACUUUCAAUUUUACAAUCGAAUAGUUAAAAAUGGUUUGUACCGAAGUAAUGGAUAAUGCAGAUGAACAAGUCGCCAAAAAAAUCAAAACUGAACCCACAGAAAAUAUUAAAGAAAUUGGGGAAACUAUUGUGCGGCCCAAAGUCAAAUCUGAAAGGUGUACGCAAUGUAAACAGUUUAUGGACAAUGUGCUUUUGUACAGUGGCCAUCCAAAUCAUUCCAAUGAGGAAUUUAUAGCAUUAACAGAUGAAAAGCUUUCGUUGUUUACAGGAACUGAGGAGUCUAUUGCUGAGGCUGAUGAAAUUCCUACCCAUAAGAUAACAUACUUCAGUGUGUACGAUGAUAAAGGUCAUUUGUGUUCUUUCGAUUCUGGACUAAUUGAGAAAAACAUUCCCCUUCGCUUUUCCGGAUAUGUUAAACCUAUAUAUGAUGAAAAUCCAAGCCCAGACGAUGGUAUACCUGGGCAUGAUUUCGGACCAAUUAAUGAGUGGUGGACAGCUGGUUAUGACGGAGGAGAAAAGUUACCCAUGGGAUUCACUACAGAAUAUGCCAACUAUUACCUCAUGGAUCCCUCUCCAGAAUAUGAGCCGCUUUUUAAGAAAAUCAAAGAAAAAAUUCAGAUGUCUAAGAUCGUAAUAGAAUUUCUACUCGAUAAAGGAUGGGAGAAUCCCAACUAUGAAGAUUUAAUACAACAAAUUGAGAGUUCAGGCCAGUAUAAAAAUGUUGAAGAUGCUCUUCUGCAGAAUGCCCAGUUUAUUUGUGAUCAGAUUGUGAGCUAUGACGUUGAAUCUCCAGAAGAUGAAAAACCAUUAAUUUCUCUGCGUUGCAUGAGGGAUCUUGUGAAGAUGGCCGGAGUAUCAUUUCAGAAACGUAAAAAAAUGAGGAAAACUGAAACCAAGGGUUUAAAAGUUAAGAAAGGCCCCGUUUGGACCAAAGCGGUAACAACCAAACUCGUGCAAGGCGUAUUUGAACAUUUCUUUCCAGAUCAACUUGAUGCGAAAAAUGAUAAUAAAGGACCAAAAAAAAAACGCUGUGGAGUAUGCGAAUCGUGCCAGUCACCGGAUUGCGGGGAGUGCAAUCAUUGCAAGGAUAUGUUGAAGUUCGGUGGUUCAGGACGGUCUAAACAAGCUUGCAAAAAUAGAAGAUGUCCUAACAUGGCAAUUCAUGAUGCAGAAAUUUCCGAUAACGAAGACGAAUCUGAAGUGAGAGAAGAUUCUAAAAAAGCCAAGUUCAAGCACUGUUCAAAGAGGAUAUUACACACCGUGACUUGGGAUGAAAAAUCCGAACUCAAGUAUCGAGGGAAUGUUUGCUAUUCCUCCGCAGUUGUCGGUGAUAUAACUGUUAAGAGUGGAGACUGUGUCAUGCUCAGAUCGGAAAAUCCCAACGAGCCAUUAUGCAUCGUGAAAAUUGUCUACAUGUACGAUAUGCUGCCGCAAAAGUUUAUGUUUCACGGUCACCUAUUUUGCCGGGCUACAGAUUCCAUUUUAGGUGAAACAGCUGAUCCGAGAGAGUUAUUUUUCGUUGACGAUUGUGAUGAUUUACCUCUAGGAAGCAUUGUUCGAAAAGCAGAGGUGGAAUAUAGGAAAACUCCCGACAACUGGUUCUUAGUCGGCGGAGAUUUGAACCUGCAAGAACCAUUGGAAGAUGACGGGAAAUCGUUUUUUUAUAGCAAGCGACUGGACGAAAAUAGGUUUGUCGACAUUGAUUUUGAUCCAGAAACAUCGAAUGAUGAAUGCCAUUCCUGCAGGAGAAAAUCUGAAAUGAAAAAAUACGAAACUCCUUUAUUGGAAGGCAAUACUGUUCAGUGGAAGAAUGAAAUGUACAGAGUUGGUUCUGGUGUUUUUCUUCAACCAGACAUCUACCGUUUUGAAAAUACCAUCAAAACUGAACAAGUCGAAAACAAAGAAAAUAAAGUAGAUGAAGUUCUAUAUCCAGAGUUCUACAGAAAAAAGUCCGACAAUGUGAAAGGCUCAAAUAGCGACACUCCUGACCCCUUCAUAAUAGGCCUUAUUGAAGAUAUAGUGAAACAGAAAAACGAUAUAAAAGUGAAAAUUAAAAUUCUUUUCCGGCCAGAAAAUACAGUCAGCUCCAUGUUUUCAUCGCACGUGAAAGAUUUGAAUUAUUUGUAUUACACAGACGAAGGGGUUACCGUCUCAUUCGAAAAAGUAAUGGGAAAAUGCUAUUUGGCGUUUGGUGAUAACUUUCAAUCUCCGAGCGACUGGUCGAAGAAAGGCCCUUUCAGGUAUUAUUUCAUGGAAUCUUAUGACCCAAAGAAGCACACUUACGACGAAGUGCCUUUGCGUUAUCGGAAACUCGGCACUCUGGGCAAAGGAAAAGGUGGAAAAGGAAAAGUGAAGAGUAAGUUUGAAAUUGAGUUGCCUGAAAUACCGCCAGAAUGGGAGCAGAUAGACCGACCACUACGGUGCAUGGACGUUUUUGCUGGCUGCGGAGGAUUAUCCGAAGGUCUACAUCAGUCGGGAGUUGCAGUAUCUCAAUGGGCGAUUGAGAUAGAGUUAUCUGCCGCAAAUGCGUAUAGAUUGAAUAAUCCUGACUGCAAGGUUUUUUCGCAAGAUUGCAACGAUUUGUUGAAAAUGGUACUCAACGGACAAGGGAAAGAAAAGGGACUUCCGUGCAAAGGAGACGUGGAAAUGCUGGUGGGAGGCCCGCCAUGUCAAGGAUUCUCAGGCAUGAACAGGUUCAAUGCUGGCCAGUAUUCAUUAUUCAAAAACUCUCUCGUCGUAUCUUACUUGAGUUACUGUGAAUAUUACAGGCCCAAAUAUUUUAUAUUAGAAAAUGUUAGGAAUUUCGUGUCUUUCAAAAGAAGUAUGGUGCUGAAAUUGACCUUGAGGUGUCUUCUCGCUAUGGGAUAUCAAGUAACUUUUGGUGUUUUACAAGCUGGGCACUACGGAGUGCCACAAACAAGGAGGAGGCUCAUUCUGAUGGCUGCCGCUCCAGGUUUCAUUCUACCAAAGUACCCAGAACCCAUGCAUGUAUUCAACAAAAGAGGUUGCCAGUUGUCAUUUGCAGUGGACGGAUGCCGUUAUUUUAAUGGAUGUGACUGGACAGAAUCAGCCCCUUUCAGGACGAUCUGCGUCAGAGACGCGAUGUCGGAUCUACCUGACAUCGGCAACGGAUGGAGUAAAAGUGAGAUGCCCUACGACUGCGAUGCAGUUUCUCACUUCCAAAAGAUGAUGAGAGGAAAUGAUGAAAGGGUUCUGGUGCAAGACCACAUUUGCAAAGAGAUGUCUGCCAUCGUUGAGUCGAGAAUAUCUCAUAUUCCGACCUACCCCGGUGCUGAUUGGAGGGACUUGCCCAAUAUAUCGGUGAAGUUAGGAGACGAACUGUCAACGUUCGUUUUGAGAUAUCCUUACAGUUCCAAGAAACAGAAAAAAUCUGAUCCUCCAAGGGGUGUGUGUCAGUGCGCCACCGGAGCCCAGUGCGAUCCAGCAGACAGACAAUUCAAUACUUUGAUUCCUUGGUGCUUGCCGCACACCGCCGACCGUCACAACCACUGGGCAGGGCUGUACGGUAGAUUGGAAUGGGACGGGUUUUUCGGCACUACAAUCACCAAUCCCGAGCCGAUGGGAAAACAGGGACGGGUGCUCCACCCGGAACAGAAUAGAGUUGUUAGUGUAAGAGAAUGCGCUCGAUCUCAGGGCUUUCCGGAUAAAUUCAAAUUUUACGGAAACAUUUUGGAUAAGCACAGGCAAGUUGGGAAUGCUGUGCCGCCGCCUUUAGGGGCAGCUCUCGGUAGAGAAGUUCGUAAAGCUUUGGUGGGGACUUUGAAGGGAAAAACACCAUCUGAAACUUGCAGCACUUGAUUAUUUGGCAUUCGCUGAUUUGUUUUUAUUCUAUAUGAUUUUAAUUUUCACUCAUCUGUAAUAAUUACAGUUGGAAGAAUCGUUUAUGUUGUAUCGUUAAUUUAAAUUUGAAGACAUUGGUUUUUACUUGUUUGAUAAUUUUAUAAUAAACCUUUUGUUCUAU